AUGACAUACACAGAGCAGGCCAGCAAAAGGCACCACUGCAUGAGGCUGACAUGCUUUAUCUGUCUAAAUGACUAUCUGAUUGAGAAUGCAAUGCACAUCUUAACGGUGAAUUCCGUUAACUCUCUUUUGAAUUAUCUCACGGACAAGCUAAAACGAACACCUUCAGCAGAUGUCAUUCAGAAAUGGAUUACUGAAGAAAAGCCUGAAGUUACUGAUAGAAAGGGAGCGCCUGUGGUGGAAAAGCUAGAAGAACACGAGUCUCUUGUCCCCAUGUUUGUCACAGAACUGAUAUUGACGGUCCAGUCACUAUUCUUCGAGCCUUCUUUGGAAGACUUUCUGGAUGGCAUUUCAGGUUCGAUUAAUCAUUUUCAGAACACUGUGUUAUCGGUUCCUAAUCUCGUGCCUGAUUCGUAUUUUGAUGCUUUCACCAGCCCUUACAUUAACAACAAACUUGAGGGAAAAACCUGUGGAUCUGGGCCAAGCUUAUCAGCAGUAUUUGACGAUGAUAAGAAUUUUCACACAAUUAUCUUUCAAAUAAAG